AGAGCUCGGCCCGGGGCAGCGGCGGAGCGGAGCGGAGAGGAGCGGAGAGGAGCGGCGGCACCAUGGACGGGCAGGCGGCUCCGGGCGCGGGCGGCGGCGGCGAGGAGCCGCUGGGCUCCGGCAGGAUGAACCCGAAGCGGGGCGGGCGCGCCGCGGAAGAGGAGAGCCGGAACAAGCCCAAGCUGAAUAUUCAAAUAAAAACUUUGGCAGAUGAUGUGCGGGACAGGAUUACAAGCUUCAGGAGAUCAGCAGUGAAAAAAGAGAAGCCUCUUAUUCAGCAUCCUAUUGACUCCCAGCCUUCCAUUAGUGAGAUCCCCCAUGCCCAGGCUCUUGCUGAUGAGCGUUGCAUGAACUUAUCAGAAAAAGAAGUGAUGGAUCUCUUUGAAAAAAUGAUGGAAGACAUGAAUCUAAAUGAGGAACGUAAAGCUCCUUUAAGAGAUAAAGACUUGAGCACAAAACGGGAGAUGGUUGUCCAAUACAUUUCUGCAACUGCCAAAUCCAUAGUCGGAAGUAAAGUUCCGGGUGGACUGAAAAACAGCAAGCACGAAUGCACACUGUCCUCACAAGAAUAUAUCCAUGAACUGCGAUCUGGAAUUUCAGAUGAAAAACUUCUUAAUUGCCUGGAGUCUUUGAGAGUGUCUCUAACCAGCAAUCCAGUCAGCUGGGUUAACAAUUUUGGACAUGAAGGGCUUGGGCUUCUGUUGGAUGCAUUGGAAAAGCUUCUGGACAAGAAACAGCAAGAAAGUAUUGAUAAGAAGAAUCAACAUAAACUUAUCCAGUGCCUCAGAGCAUUUAUGAACAAUAAAUACGGUUUGCAAAGGAUUUUAGGAGAUCAAAGAGGUCUCUUGCUGUUAUCAAGAGCAAUUGAUCCAAAGCAACCACACAUGAUGACUGAAACAGUGAAAAUACUUUCUGCCAUCUGCAUUGUCGGAGAGGAAAACAUUCUGGACAAGCUUUUAGCUGCUAUAACAACUGCUGCUGAAAGGAACAAUAGGGAAGAACGUUUUUCUCAGAUUGUUGAAGGAUUGGAGAACCAUGAAUUCAUACAGCUGCAGAUAGCUUGUAUGCAGCUCAUCAAUGCCCUCGUUACAUCUCCAGACGAUCUGGAUUUCAGGAUACACUUGAGAAAUGAGUUUUUACGUUGUGGCCUGAAGAAAAUAUUACCUGCCUUGAAAGAUAAGGAAAAUGAUGAGCUUGAUAUUCAGCUGAGAGUGUUUGAUGAGAACAAAGAUGAAGACCACUUUGAACUGUCACACCGUCUCAGUGAUAUCAAAGCUGAAAUGGACGAUGUGAGUGAAGUAUUUCAUCUGCUGUAUAACUUGGUGAAAGAUACUUCUUCUGAAAAUUACUUCUUGUCAAUUCUCCAACACUUCCUUCUCAUCCGGAAUGAUUACUAUAUCAGACCUCAGUAUUACAAGAUCAUAGAAGAAUGUGUGUCCCAGAUAGUGUUGCACUGCAGUGGCAUGGACCCAGAUUUUAAAUAUCGGGGAAGGUUGGACGUGAAUUUUACACAUCUUGUUGAUGCAUGUGUGGACAAAGCUAAAGUAGAAGAGAGUGAAAAGAAAGCGGCAGAAUUUUCCAGAAAGUUUGAUGAAGAGUUCACAGCUCGACAAGAGGCGCAAGUGGAACUUCAGAAACGAGAAGAGAAAAUCAAAGAACUCGAAACAGAAAUCAAACAGCUACGAACCCAGGGUCCAGUCCUGACAGGUCAACUGACAGAAGGACCAACAUUACCUGCCACCCUGCCAAGUGAGAACGCACCACCAUCUCCAGCGCCUCCACUGCCUGGUGGAGCAAUCCCGCCUCCUCCUCCGCUGCCUGGUGGAGCAGCAAUUCCUCCCCCUCCUCCCCUUCCUGGUGGAGCAGCAAUUCCUCCUCCUCCUCCCCUUCCUGGUGGAGCAGCAAUUCCUCCUCCACCUCCACUGCCCGGUGGAGCAGCAAUUCCUCCUCCACCUCCCCUUCCUGGGGGAGCAGCAAUUCCUCCACCUCCUCCUUUGCCUGGUGGAGCAGCAAUUCCUCCACCUCCUCCUUUGCCUGGUGGAGCAAUACCACCACCUCCUCCUCUGCCUGGUGGAGCAGUACCACCACCACCUCCACUCCCUGGGGGAGGAGUCCCUCCUCCUCCACCACCGCCUUUUGGUGGGCCUCCGAUGCCACCACCUCUUGGAGGUAUUCCCUUUGCUCCCUUUCCGGUGGCACCAGCGUUACCACACGGGAUGAAGGAGAAGAAGAAGUAUCAGCUGGAAGUCUCCAUGAAGAGGAUCAACUGGUCAAAGAUUGAGCCUCAAGAGAUAGGAGAAAACAGCUUUUGGGUAAAAGCUGAAGAAGACAAAUUUGAAAACCCGGAGCUGUUUGCAAAAUUGGCGCUUACCUUUGGAACCCAAAUGAAAGCCAAAAAGCCAUUAGAAGAAUCGGAAGAAAAGAAAGCAGCGCAGUCAAAGAAAAAGAUCAAAGAAUUAAGAGUUUUGGAUGGAAAAUCCGCACAGAAUUUAUCAAUAUUUUUGGGUUCUUUCCGUUUGCCUUAUGAAGAAAUAAAAAAUAUCAUUUUAGAGGUUGAUGAAGAGAAGCUGAGUGAAUCCUUGAUUCAGAACCUAGUGAAGAAUCUUCCUGAGCAGAAGGAACUCAAUGCCUUAGCUGAAUUAAAGGAUGAAUAUAAUGAUCUUGCUGAGCCGGAACAGUUUGGAGUUGUGAUGAGCUCAGUGAAGAUGCUGCGACCACGUCUCAAUGGGAUCCUAUUCCGGCUUAUGUUUGAGGAGCACGUGAACAACAUCAAACCUGACAUCAUGGCAGUGACAAUGGCUUGUGAGGAGCUGAAGAAGAGUGAAAGCUUCAGUAAGCUGUUGGAGUUGGUGCUGUUCCUUGGAAACUACAUGAACUCUGGCUCCAGAAACGCACAGUCCCUCGGCUUCAACAUCAGUUUUCUUUGCAAGAUUCGAGAUACUAAAUCAACAGAUCAGAAAACAACCCUCUUGCAUUUUCUGGCAGAAAUCUGUGAAGAGAAUUACAAGGACAUCUUAAAAUUUCCAGAUGAAUUACAGCAUGUUGAGAGUGCAAGUAAAGUUUCAGCCCAGACUCUGAAGAGCAACCUUGAUUCCAUGAACCAGCAGAUCCAGCGGCUAGAAAAUGACAUUAACAAUUUCCCUAAGACACAAGAUGAAAACGAUAAGUUUGUAGAGAAGAUGAGCAGCUUUGCUGAGAGUGCUCGAGAGCAAUAUGAAAAAUUGUCCAAUAUGCACAACAAUAUGACUAAAUUGUAUGAAAAUUUGGGAGAAUACUUUACCUUUGAUCCCAAAGCAAUAAGCAUAGAAGAAUUCUUUGGUGAUCUGAGCAACUUCAGAACUCUAUUUUUGGAGGCAUUAAAAGAAAACAACAAAAGAAGAGAAUUGGAGGAGAAAACGAAGAGAGCCAAACUGGCGAAGGAGAAGGCUGAGCGAGAGAGGCUGGAGCGACAGAAGAAGAAGCAGCAGUUGAUUGAUAUGAACAAAGAGGGUGAUGAGACAGGAGUGAUGGACAGCCUGCUGGAGGCCUUGCAGUCAGGAGCAGCGUUCAGAGAUCGCAGGAAACGAACACCAAGACCACAAGAUAACAAACGAGUAGCUUUGGAAAGGUCUCGUUCUCGCCACAAUGGAACAAUUGCAGCUGUAUGAUUCUUCUGAUGCCAAAGAAUUAAUGAAUUGUUUUAUUUACAAUUAAAUGGAUAUGCUUUGGAAAGAGUUUAUGAUAUGAAUUGGCAAUGAUCGUAAAGGAAUACUGGUAUUGAUUAAAUGAGAUGCUGUAAAAAUAUGUAAUUUUAAAGCUGUUGCUAAAUAAUCCACAUACUGUAUCUUAUUACCCCAACUACCAAGAUCUGUAAACAGUGUUAAACAGUAGGAUAUAUAUCUUAUUUUCUUAUGUUCUUUCUUUUUUUUUUUUUUUUAAACCCUUUUUUUUAAGCUGGCAACUCACAUGAAAGGAGUUGGGGAUUUCUAGGUUUUGUUUUAUAUGGGUAAGAAAAUACAGUUCUGUUGAAAGAGUACAGCUGUGGAUUCCAUUUGCAGUUCUGAUUUGAACAUGAAAGGAAAAAAUAAUAAAAUUGUAUGUUAAUAAAUUCAGAGAUGAGCUGGUCUACAUUAUCAGAAUCUUUUUUGUAACCAUAAAAAAAGCAACACAUAGCCCUAGUCAAGUUGCUGAAAACCUUAUCUCAAUGUAAAGCCUGGCGGUUUCAGCUGUUUUAGCUGCAAGUAGGGUAUACCACAUAUCUACACUUCUGGUGAUAUGAUGAUGUAUAGUUACUUAUCACUGCUAAAAAAAAAAAGAAAAAGAAAAAAAAAAGAACAGAAAACAGAGCAUAGGAUUUUACCAAAAUUAAAUGAUGUCAAAGGCAGGAUAUGUUUUUAACUGUAUCUAAGGAGGAAUUUUUCUAAUUACGCACUUAUAUAUUCUUUAUAAAGAUAUUUGGGGGAAAAUAUGAUUGUCCUAUUUUAAUUAUGCUAAAAGUACCUUUGUGUAGGUUUUUAGAGACAAGCUACAUUACGAAGUUAUUCAAAACUGCCUCUGAGUUUUUCCUCUGUUUCUCAGGUAAAAUAUGUAGCGGGAUCUCUACUGGUGGAUUUCAGUGCUGAGUUUAGCAGCUAAGAACAAAUUUCCUACCUGGAGCACUCUCUAGCAGUGAUCAAUGCUUGCAGCAAUUUGAUUUUUUGGGAAGCUCCUCCCAUCCUACUUUGUAUACAGGCCCCCUGCACUGCAGUACCUCAGGUGAGCAGUCAGUUCAGUAGCUGACACUGUAUGUUCUGCCACUCACUGGGAAACCAGAGUUCCCUUUGCUCCCCGAACUCCAGCUGAAUGUACAGACUGUUUGGUGUUCAGGUCAACCUUCACCAUCCUUUCUACUGAAAGUUCAUUGCUUAUCUGAUGGGAUGGAGGACUUGAAGUGGGAGUUCCAGUGGAACUGCUUCACAUGCUUCUCAGCUAUGAUAUUUUUUAAAGAUCAGGAUCUUGUAGAUGGCACUUGUUCUCAAAUUAUUAAUGCUUUUCACUGAUUGAUGAAAUUAUUAUGAAUACUUUUAUUGCCUGGUGUUAUGGGGAACUUUUUUUUAAUGUUAUAUAGAGUGUUUGGAAGGUGAAGUGUCACAUGGUUUUCUGUGCACAAACUGGUAGCUCUAGAGGAACGUUCGCUCCUGGGGCAGUACCUUUGCACUACUGCUUGAGCCAAGCAUCUUUGUACAGUAGGUCCUUUUUGCUUCUCUCGUGAGAUAUCUUGAAGACUAUCUGACUAGUUUGGGAUAAAUUCUCACAGUUUCGAACUACAAAUCCAAUUAUUGUAAGAAAAGAUACAGCUCCUUUUCAACCUAGUGUUGAAUUUUUUUUUUUUUUUUCCAAAACUUGUCUUCAAAGAAUACGAGGGGUUUGCCCAUAACUCUAAACAUAGGAAUACAACUGAAGCCUAAUGAAAUGUGUGCUGUCAACUGAUUUUCUCCCUGAACUGUUCAGGGUUUUUAGUGACAAACUAAAGGGUUUUAUGGUACUUCAGGAAAAAAAAAAAAGCAUGCAACAGGAUUCUGUCUCCCUGUCUUAUCAGUAAGAGAUACAAAGAAUUAUAUCCUGUUUUGAGCAAGGUCAACAUCAACCUUGUACUGAAGCAUAACUUUUUUUUUAAAUGAAACUAUUACAUUUAAGCACAAAUAAAUGUGCUUAAUGUACGAAGCCAGUUUAAAGGAUUAGGUUCAUAAUGUCUAUAUAAAUCAAUAGUGUAUUAGAAUUCAGAUUCUGAAAGUAACAUUUUGCUGGGAUUUACAAGUAGUGGUAUAAUCUUUAUAAUCUUUAUACAUGAAAACUCAAAAGCUCUGAACAGAAUCUUUAUACGGUAGCAGUAAUUAUUAGAGCACAAGUUUUUCAUAUCCAUGGGUUGUUUUUUUAUUUUAAAGCUCUGUGAAAGCUGGCUACAGAUUUUCAAGAACCAAAUUUUAUGAAAAAAAAGGCAAAUCCAAAAUAACAUCAUCUGAUGCUUCUAUUUUACUACUAUUUUUUUCAUAUUUGAAACAUUUAUAUAAUUUAAUGGACAUAUCUGUUAGGGCAAAAGUGUCUUUCAAAUGAAAAAAUAGUUUAGAAGAUAAUUUAUGUAAAUAUAGGGUGCUCGUAUUUAUGAAGUCUAAAAUAUUUUCUGAAAUUGAUGCUGGUCACUUUGUCUUUUGAUAGUUUUUCAGUCUAUAUUAAAUUGCAGAUAUUUUUAAUGUUUUUAUUAUUGAUCUAAUUUUCAGAGGUGUCACAUGUUUAUCUAGAAGUGUAGAAGAGUAGCACCUUUUUCAGAAAUGCACUUGCCUUAUUUUCUAAUUUUAAAAAAAUGAAAUAUAUCAGUUAAAUUAUAUUUGUAUUCAAAGUAAUCCCAGAAAGAAAAUCGCUGGAGGGUUCAUACAUAAAUUUCUUGCUAAUUAUGUUUCACUAUAUGUCCUCUGAGACAUUACGUUAACAAUAUACCAGCACAUCUGUUUGCAUUCACAUUUUACCAGUUACAAGUACUGAAGAGAGUUUUUUUUAAAUGAUGUUACACUGUUUACAUUUCUUAGUUUAUUUAAGAGGAAGAUAAUUUUACCUUUGCAAUGAAUUGAACUAAAUUUGCAAAUGUCAUGGGAAUGAAAUGUUUAAAUCAUAUACAAAUAUACAUCUCUGUUGCUUAACUACUGGCUGUACAGAUCAGAAAUGUAAAGACACUAUAGACUUUUUUUGCUCAAGUUUGAUGCAGUUUACUGAAAAAAAAAAAGUGCAACACGGUUUGUUAUGUAUGUUUGUUUGUGAUUCAACAAAUAUCCUUUCCCAGCACACAAGUGAUGUUUGGUUUGAGUGUUAAUCAUAUUAUGAGCUGAUGCUAAAGCCAAAACAAAAUUGGUGCCUCAGAGGGCACUGACAAAGAGCUCCAGGAAGUAUUCCCAGAAAUACUGUUACGUCAUUUGUUCUGGUUUUAGCUGACCAUGGUCAAUAUGAAAAAUAUUAUCUAAAAUUAUCUGUUCUUCUUGAAAAUUCAGAUACAAAUGGAAACAUUCCCAUAGUUCCCUUGUGUGAUAUGCAAAUAGUCACGAAUAUCUGUAUAUUUUUGCAUUUUUGUGUGUGGUAUAUGUACUACCUCAGACAAAUGCUGUAAAAAACGUAAUAUUUUCAUGGUUUCUAUCCAAGCCACAAUUCAUUAGUAACCUACUUUAAAUUCAUCCCACAACACACAAACAGUUUGCAAAACUCUGAGAAUCUGGCUGAGUUUUAGGUUUGGCUGGAAAUCCUCCUAUAGCUCUUGUUCAAGAAACUUCACAACUUUCAGCUUUUGUAUCCCUCAGGCAAAUCCUGCUUUGAUGGGUGAAUUUAGUACUUCCUAUACUGAGAAUGACAUAGCUAGUAAAUAUUUAAAGCUGGUAAUAGUUCUGUGGGAGCAAACUUACCUAUAUAUGUAAAUUGCUUCUUUUCCAUUAAACAAAGGCUUGGCUGAGUUCUACUUUACUGUUUGCCUUCAAAUUGCUGCGAGGUCAGGCAUAACAAGUGCUAAGUGAUACAGCAACUUAAAGCCCACCUCUGAUGUGCCAUACUGUAUUUGCAAGUUACUCAUUUUUAAAUAAGUAUUGUAAGAAAAUCUCUACAGCUCUUCUGCAGUGUCUCCGCACAUGCCCACGCAUGCACACAAACUGUAAAUAAUAAAAAUAAAAAUAAAAAAAAAAGUCAAAGCAGAUAAAGCCAAAUCCCUCAGCUUCAGGUGUCUCCGUUUCAGAUCACAUAUUGCUGCUUUUUGUGCUCAAGGAAGGGAGUUGUGUAAGCCUGUGAAUUCUGCAGUCCUGCAAGCUGUCGCUCGGCACCCACUGAUGUCAUUAGGAGAAUGGUAAAGGAGAAAGAUUUGUUCUUGUAGUGCUUCUUUUAGCACUGUUUGAGGUGAUACAUAUGCCACAGAAUGUGAACAAUAACCUAUUACAGCUCAGGCAGUCUGCUAUCAUGCACCAUUUGAUUUCCCUUUUGGAAGUCACAGGACUCCUGAUGCCAAAAACAAAAACAAAAAAAAAGAUUAAAAAAAAGGUGACAAAACUCAUGCAUUUCUAUUUUUUAAACAGCUCUGUGUUUGUAUGUAAUGUUUAAAAUAGGAAUUUGAUGAAAUCACAGCCUGGCCAUUGUUAAUCCUUGUAUUCUGAAAACUGUAAUAAAGAUAUACAUAACAUGA